AUGGAGAGAAAAUCCGUACGUAUCCAACUCAUGGUUGAUGAUGGCAAGCAGGGUUGGGCUCCAAGAUUGCAUUCCAUGGGUGGCCUGUUUUGGACAAAGACAAUUGAUUGGGCAAAGGUUGUAGAGUUCUUGUCUUUGUCCAAUGUAGAUCCCUCUGCAGAUGAGGAUGCAUAUAAAUGGGACAUAUUUUCCAGUGAUAAGUGCACGCAAUGCUUCGAUUCAAUGAGGGUAAUGGUGUUACAGUUGAUGCUUAUGUGGUCUAAUGACCUGAGUAAAAAGCUAGAGAAGCUUAAUCUUAUAACAACAGAGUGA